AAUAGAUUUGUAAAAGGGAAGCAGCGAGUGAGAUAUCAGCACAGCACACCCAAUAGAUUUGGUACACUUUUCCUAGUCUUUUUCUAGCAUUUUAUAUGGGUUUUGUAAAGUCUUUACACUCGGAAUUAGCCAUUUGUUUUUAGAAAAUCUCCAUAUUUCUCUUCUUAUGUUCUCGGAUCACGCCCAUGCACCGACCCGGAGUCACGUGGGGUUUGGAGAAGAAUGCCAGAAGUUUGAAGUUCUGGAGGAAGUAUGCAACGUUAUCAGACCAACCCAAGCUGGAUUAAAGGCUCCUGUCAAGUUAUGGAACCGGGCAAAAUGCGUGGACUUUGGCUCAAUGAUGAAAGAAUGUGGUGAUGCUGCUCAUGCUGACCGAGCUCACGCUCAUGUUCAUUCAGAGGGGAGAGCCAAUGCUGCUGGCCUCAAAGCAUCGUAAAGAAUGAGAAGAUUGUGGCUCCGCCUCAAAUUGAGAAAUGUGAUAUGUAUCGCUUUAACCCUGGCACUUCUUAUAUGUUGGUUCACAAUCUCAUUUUCAAUAGUCAAAGAAGGAGAACAGGAAACAGGACUGUCUGAGAGCCUGCGGCUGACAGAACAAUAUGGCAUUAAUUGCACGGCGAUAUAUGAAAUGGAACCGGUGGAAUUGGGCAAAACCUUAGUCAUUCGCAAGGAAAAAAGCUACGUAGGGCAAACUGACAGAACUAUUGUGAAUGCCACCUAUGACUGUGAAUGGUUUGUUGGGUCACGGGGCUAUGGUAUGAUGGAAGGCUCUGAGUUUGAGCGUCAAUUUCCUCUUGCUUAUUCUUUGGUCGUUCACCAGGACGCUGCUCUUGUGGAGAGGUUGCUCAGAGCCGUUUAUAUGCCUCAUAACAUAUAUUGCAUACAUUACGAUCUGAAGUCCUCAGAUGACUUUAUUUCAGCGAUGAAAGGUCUGGCCCGUUGCCUCCCCAACGUCUUCAUUGCUUCAAAGCUGGAGAGGGUGCAGUACGCUGGCUUCUCGCGACUCAAAGCCGAUCUUAAUUGCCUGUCUGACCUCCUCCAUUCUGAGGUCAAGUGGAAGUAUGUCAUAAACCUGUGCGGUCAGGACUUUCCACUGCAGACGAACGCUGAGCUGGUGUCGGAUCUAAAAGAGCUGCAGGGCAGGAACAUGGUGGAGAGCAAGAGGCCUGGAGGAAAGCAAUGGCGCUGGACUUACCAUCACUUAGUGAAAGAUAAUAAUUCACAGUACUACGGCUCACCUGUCACCACUUCUGAGAAGAAAUCUCCACCUCCUCACAACAUAGCCAUGUUUGUGGGCAGCGCGUACUUCACACUUUCAAGAGAAUUUGUGGCUUUUGUUAACCAGAGUUCUGUAGCCAAGGAUUUCUUGGCUUGGACUGAGGAUACGUACUCACCUGAUGAACACUUCUGGGCAACUCUGGUCCGUGUGUCUGGAGUACCAGGAGAAGUGCCGAGUUCUGACCCUGAGAUCUCAGAACUAGCAAGUAAAACCCGUCUGGUGAAGUGGUCUUAUCUAGAAAGUAUUCAUUACCCACCAUGCACUGGAGUCCGUGUACGAGCUGUGUGUAUUUAUGGCGCCGCUGAGCUCAGGUGGCUCCUGAACUACGGACACUGGUUCGCUAAUAAAGUGGAUCCAAAAGUGGAUCCCGUUCUUAUGGAAUGUUUAGAAGAGAUGCUUUCAGAAAAACGCCUAAGGGCAAACCUGCUGUAAUUUUUUUAUUUUAUUUUACUAGAGAGACUAUUGAAUUGAUCUUAAAAAAACACUGCUGUUUUUAAGGGAAAUCAAUAUUAAGUUGAGUAAUUUAUUUGGGGUUUCUGGUAAAAAAAAAAAAAAAAAAAAAAAAAAAGUAUUUUUACUUAUGUGAUUCAGCCAGCAUGAGAGCAGUUCUUUGACAAGGAUUUUUAGGGUUUAUGCCAGUCCUCUUAACCUUUUAAGUACACUUGUUCUGUUGUGUAUGAGACAUAGAGUAACAUAAUAUGAGACAAAAUGUGAUUUUUUUUUACAGCAAAGUGAAAAAAAAAAUUCUAGUUCAACAAAAAUGUAGUAAAAAGGAAAGCAGCGCGCAUUCGUUCAAUGUUGUCGAAACAUUAGUCUCUCUAAGCAAAUGUUAUAAAGGAACAGAAAACAACAAAAAACAAAUCAGUUGAAAAUGUACUCACCCUCGGGCUAUACAAUAUGCAAACAAGUUUGUUUCUUCAUCUAAUGGAUUGGUGCUUGAAAGAAACAAAACCAUCAAGGCGUUUUAACUUAUAAGAGUUUGUAGUCCAUGAUAAUGCUUUAUUCAGUGAAAAAAUCCAUCCACUGAUGCUUUACUACAUCAAAAUCCACUGUCAUAUUUGUUUAGACCUGUUUUAGGCUGAUUUGAUUUUGUCAUAUUUCUCUCCUGUUUCAGAUGGGAUGACUUUUUCACUGGAGAAAGCUACAUUAUGGAUAGGGGACUUUGGAAAGUAGUAUUUUAACUGGAAACAACAAUGGAUGUGUUUAUUUUAAGCGUCCAGAUUUUCUAUUCACACUGUUAUUUAGAUCUUCAUCAGCCGUUCCCUCUCAUUCUGACGGCACCCAUUCAAUACAGGGGAGAUCCAUUGGUAAUGCUACAUUUCUUCAAAUCUGUUCUGAAGAAGAAAAUGAACUCUCGGGAUGGCUUGAGGGUCAGUACAUUUUCAACAAAUUUUAAUUUUUGCAUGAAAAAACAAUUACAAUGGCAGGAAGAAAAUCUAUAUAUUGCUAAAACUCAAAUGGAGAAGGGCUUUAUGUUGGUUCAGUGCAAUGAAUUGUCGAUUGGUGGCAAGAGAGUGUCCUGUAAAACAUAUUUAUUCUCAAGUCUCGAGAGAUUCUGCGAGUGUUCACAGCCAGGACUCUGGUUGAAAAUCUGAAUUCACGUGUUGUGUGCUUUCUUUGCCACAUUACAGACUUAAGCAAUAAUUCCCUCAGGAUGAAUUUGCAUGCGUUCACUGGGUUGCUAUUGGGCUAGAUUCACAGAAGCAAUAAUGCAAAUAAAGUAAACACAACCCCUAAAACUAGUCACAAUUUGCAUGUUGCAAUUUCUCAUCUUGCAAGCCGGUUUGCAUCCGUGGAUGUGGUAUACAUUGCUCUAAUGCAAUGUAGGCACCUAAAAUAAAUAGCUUUUUGAUAUUUAGAAAGUUUGCUUAACUUUUGUUAGUUUUUUUCAUUGUGAAACUGUAUUCGGGUUGGUUAGUGAGUAAGUUCCAGUAAUGGCUGAAAAACCUGAAAAACCGCAUAAAAGGACCCCUGAGCAUGAAACCCGUUUUGUUCAAGAAUUUCCUCUUGUAGAGUAAAAAAAUACAUUCUUUAUUUUCAAUAAUGCAUAUUUUUGUACAUUUUAUACCUAUUUUUGCACACAAAAUGAAGGGGUGAAUAUUAAAAUUCCUGUUGUUUUUAAUCUCUUUAAUAAUCGUCUGUGGUAUACUGAUAUAUUGAAUAAUUUAAUAACAGAGGUAUUAAUUUCACAUGGUCUUUUCUAAUUUCAUGGCUAAUCACUUUCGCAGUGCCUUCAUAUGUGUGGCAUAUAUGCUUUUAAUUGUUUAUUACAUGCAAGGUCAAUGUUUUAGAGUGGUGACUGAAGUGCAAGAACUGUUUCAGACACGCAGAUAUUCACUUAGUUGCAUUUCAUUCAUCAGUACAUUACUGCAUAUUUAUAUUGUAUAAAUAUAUAAAAAAAAACAUAUAGUACAAAGAAGGCUGCUGAUGUCACUUUUUUUUUUUGGUUGCAUUUUUAAAAUUUCGAAUUCUUCUGGAGUUUGCAGUUCCAUUUUAUGCUUUAUGGUACAGGAUGCCGAUAUGUUAAAUGCACGUCUCAUCAGUUUAAGUUUGCUCUGUUUUGUGAGAAUGAAUUGUUCAACUGUUAAGGCCUGAAUGUUGGAUCCUAAUGACACUCACUGAAGAAGAAAGAUGCUGCUUCAGUUUGAUAUGCCUCACAGUCAGAUUGCACAGAUUAUUUAAAGCAGUAGGGUUGUAUGAAGAAUGAUUCCAAAUUUAUGACCAAUAUAUACAAAUGAACAUUAAUCUUUUACCCUGUGAGUCAACCUGCCAAUGUAGACAUUUGCUUGCAUGAUUGCGUGCUGCAAUGCAGUGUAUUAUUAAAUGCAAAAUCUUUGGCAACAUCAACAAAAGGUAUGCACUGCAAUUAGUCCCUUUUAAACAUUGGUAGAUGUUUGUUUUGCUAUGCUCACCAGUUAUGGUUGGUUGCACUGUAUUAUUUGCAGAUAAGAUUGUUUUUUGCCCGAUGUCCUUGAAUGUUCAACCCAUUUUUGGGGUUUGUGACUCAGUAAACCAUUACCAUUCACAUUCA